AGCAGGCCAAAUUACCUGCUUCUCACCUUCACCCACCAAUUCUAGAGCUCCCACCAACAUAGAUGUGCCAGUUCCUUUACCAUUAUCUUGUCCCAGGUUCCUUAAGCAUGUUUGCAGCCCGACUCCCAUCUGGGAUGUUCACCAUGUAUGGAUGAAUGGAAAAAUAUUUAGGUGUUCUUGCCCUUCCUAGCUAAGUAAGGCACACCUCUGAUAGUUAAGUCUUUAUUGACAAGAAAAGCAUGUACAGUAGCUUCCACAGUGCUCCGGAUACACACUCAUACACACUUCUAGCCUCAAGGCGGAUGUCCACAGGUCCAGGCCCUGUGGACUAGUUGCAGCAACAGGAAGACUCCAUCCUCCACUGCCAGCCUCCAAACCCCGUCCUGAUGGGUUGUGUGCCUGCAACCUGAGAUUUCUCCUGCGUGGAAGCCGCUGCUUCAAGACCUUCCCGGUUCUAGGAGACAGCAGAAUGGGGGAAGGUGGGGAGUCUACUGACCCAUCUGUUGGCUCAACAGCCUCUUCUUCUGCUACAUAUGGCACACUUUCCUCCAUCUCAGGCUGCCCUGACUCUCCGUCUCUCCUGGCUCCUGCCUUGCAGGUGGUGUAAAACCCCACAAAUCACCUCUCCUGGUUAUCUGUCCUGGUCCCUGCCUCCACCCCACACUCUUUGGAGUGCUACCAGUCCUUGACAGUAGGUCAGUUCUACUCAUUGUCUCAUGUCAGGUUAUAGAUUGAAAGGGUGGGACUGGAUUGUAUGCAAUAAGAUUUCAGGGAUAAUGUUCUUGUAACGCAAGAAAACCCCUCCCUUCAUGAAAACAGCUAGCACUUGAAGCUGAAGGUUCUGCAAAUCCAUUUUUUCCUGGUCUGAACAUUUUCUAAACAUAUAGCAAUUUUAUAAGUGUGGAAGCAUUCAAUAAAACUAUCUUCUCCCUUUAGUAAGGGAAAGGAAAGCAGCCCAUAAUCUCUGCCUUCUGACUCAAUUUUCUUAUUUUCUCCAUCUUGGUCGUAGCAGGAUAUGAGCUUCUGUUUUCACUGUUUCACAUUUCUACACAAUAUGAAAAUAUCACAGACAAACUGCAGAAUAAUUCAAGUGUGCCAAAACAUGUGAACAAAGGGCUUUUAAGCCAUAAGAGCAAGAGUUGGCACCAGACACAAGCCUGUAGAGAAUAUUCUGCAAAAUGACUCCUUUUUUUGGCUGGGUAGGAACAGGCUGGGAGGAUGUUAUAGCUCUACCCAAGGGCCAUGCAAUGCUUCCCUGCCCCUCAUAUGAGUAAAAUAAACUUCUGCGACCAUGAGCCCAGUAUAUCCAUGAAAGCUUCCCAUGCAGUUGAGAUUCUGUGUGGUAGAAGACUACUCACACAAGGGCCUAAGGGCACAGAAGAGUCAUAUGGUCAAUAGUGCAUCCCACAUUUGAGGUGUAAAAUGGAUCGGCUGGAUGCUGAAAGGAAUGCACAUGCUAAGAAGGGCACUUGGGAUCUUAAGACACAUAGUUAAAAAAAAGGAACAAGAUAGAGGGAACUCAGAUGCUGAGAUAUUAAGAGAUGUUAUUAUUUCACAGUUCUGAAAGGGAACCAAGGCUUGUAGGGUCUAUGCAGGCUUGUAGGGUCUAUGAAAUCCCCACCAUCCUUGACCACUGGUCCUGUUAGCUAGGGAUGAUGGGAGUUGUGGUCCCAAAGCAUCUGGAGGGCCAAGUUUGGCCAUGCCUGGCAUUGCAUCCAUCACACAUUUGCUUCACUAUGAACAAGAUUGUCAGGAUUUUGGAUUACUUCAAAGGCUUCCCAAAUUUGUUGGAUGAGGGGCGUCAAUGGAAGAAAAAACAGGUGUUUUUAUUUCGUAUGAGCCAAAUUUCCUCUUUUAAUAGUCUCUAUGGACAUAACAAACACUCUUGUUGUAGGGAUGAUUCUGAAAAGCAGUUACCUCGAUGGCAUUUAUUUACAUUAUUCAGUGGCAAACCCAAGACUGUUAAUGGCAAAGGAACAAGAAAGAGAGAAACCCCAUGUGACAUUGUGAUUAUUGCUUGAAUUUAUAUCAUCUGGUACUCCAUGGAAUCUUUUUACAAUGGAACCUCGGUUUAUGAACACGUCGAUUUACGAAUUUUCGGUUUGCGAACGCCGCGGACCCAUCUGGAACGGAUUAAUUCACUUUCCAUUACUUUCAAUGGGAAAGUUCGCUUCAGUUUAUGAACGCUUCAGUUUAUGAACAGACUUCCGGAACCAAUUGUGUUCAUAAACCGAGGUACCACUGUACAUGUAAACAGUAAAACACAUACAAACAUACCACAUACCCAUGAGUCUUUUCUUUUGAGUUUGAUUAGACUCCUGGGAGGGAUGGAAAUGAAUAUGGAUAAAAUUCAUUGCAGCAUCUCCUUUUUCUUUCUGCCGGUACAGAGAAAAGUAAGAGAGAUCGCCUCUCAAACAGCUGUGGAGAGAAAAGGAUAUGAUACAUAGAUGAAAAGGCGAAUCACAGUGGCUACCCAGAAAGAAAACACAGAUCACAAUCAGGCAGGAAAAAGAAAAAUGUAAACAUGCAUGAAAAUACCCAAGAUCUACCUGUAAACAGCUUGGUACUACACAGCCGUACAAUGUUCAACCAGUCAUCUAGAGUGGUGGAAUUCCUUCUGCAUGGAUUCUCUGAUACUCAGGAAUUGAAGACAUUUCAUUUCAUUACAUUCUUGAUCAUUUAUCUGAUUGCUGUCACUGAAAACCUCCUCAUCAUCACAGUCAUAAUUUUCAGUCCUCAGCUUCACAAACCCAUGUACUUUUUUCUAGCCAAUCUGGCAUCCCAAGACCUUGGCUCCAUAUCUGUCUCAGUUCCCAAAUCCUUGGCAAAUUCGCUGAUGAACACCAAGACCAUUUCAUACAAUGGAUGCAUCUGCCAGGUUUUCUACCUUAUCUUCUUCACUGUAUCUCAUUUUGUCCUCCUUGGCAUCAUGGCAUAUGACCGCUACUUUGCUAUCUGCAAUCCUCUGCACUAUGAGACUGUGAUGAACAGGAAAGCAUGUGUCAAAAUGGCAAUCAGUGCAUGGAUUACAGGGCUUAUCUAUUCCACAGUAUAUACUGGCAGUACAUUCACAAUUGAGUUCUGUUCAAAUGACAUUAAUAUGUUUUUCUGUGAAAUUCCACAGCUAUUCAAAAUUGCUUGCUCUGACUCAUAUCUCAUUGCAUUUUGGGUUCUUUGUGUUGGUGCCUCUCUGGCCUUUAUCUUCCUUGCUCUAAUAGUUUAUUCAUACGUUAAAAUCUUCAGUGCAGUUCUAAAAAUUCCUUCUGCCCAGGGAAAGGGAAAAGCCUUCUCAACUUGCUUGCCACAUCUUAUUGUAAUAUCUUUAUAUUUGGUUAGCGGUUCAUUUGUCUAUCUGAAGCAAAGCUCUGUGUCACUAUCAUCAAGUGACACAGAGCUUUUGGAUCUUGUUGCUUCUAUGUUCUAUUGCAUGUUUCCACCAGUUAUGAACCCAUUAAUCUAUAGCAUUAGGAAUAAGGAAUUGAAAACAGCAUUAUGGAAGUUGAAUACAAAUCUCUUCUCCCAAUGCUCCCCCAAUUUCUAAUGGCCAGAAAAUGGAUUACCUUAUAUUUUCAUUUUUUUAAAAAACCUGUAAAUAAUUUAUAAACAUUUAUUAUACAUAAAUCACUAUUUGCAUACCAAAUGUAAACCUUUGGAGAACAAACUUUCUAACUAACAACAAUUUCUGUAUUUGUUUUCUUGUGUUAAAAAGUGGAAACAUUUUUGUCAAUUUGCUUACUUUGUACUUAUUUUCUCACACUGUUUUAUGUUUGUUCUGCUGCAUUGUGUCAGAUUCAU